GUGGGCGGGUUUGUGUCUGUCAAUCAACGUCCUCGCCUAAUCUCUACGUGCUCCGCCCUACGCUAGUGAAGUGUUUCCGCCAAGAUGGUUGUCGGUGCCUUUCCUAUCGCUAAGCUCCUCUAUCUCGGGGUGAGGCAGCUGAGCAAGCCUGUAGCGAACCGGAUAAAAGCGGGAGCCAGGAGAAGCGAGUUCUUCAAAAAUUACGUUUGUCUGCCUCCGGCACAGCUUUACCACUGGAUUGAGAUGAGGACGAAAAUGCGGAUCAUGGGCUUUCCGGGUUCCAUCAUAAAGCCACUGAAUGAGGAAGCGGCUGCAGAGCUGGGUGCAGAGUUGCUGGGGGAGGCAAUCAUCUUCUUCAUUGGUGGCGGCUGUAUGGUGCUGGAAUACAGCAGACAGGCUGCUAACUCUCGCCGCAAAGAGGAGGAGCUAAACCAGACGAUCUUAAACCUACAGACUCAAGUAGCAGAACUUGCACUGACCACAGAGACUCUAGAUGCUCAGCUGAGAGAGGUCAACAGGCAACUGAUGUACUUUUCCGUUCCCCUUAAAAAGUGAUUAAAUUGCUACUUGACAGAGGUACCGUUUGGUGGUCUGUGUGUGAGGGAAUAAGAGUGUACCACUGUAGUGCUACCAUAUGUUCAGCCUGAUAAAGAUCCUGCAUCAUACUCUAUCCCCUGCCAAUUAAGUUGGAUGGAAGACAUGGAUAGACAUAUUAGGGCACUGGGGAUUUGGGUGUAGUCAUUAGCUCAUGUUUUGAGCAACUAGUUGUAAGGAGGGAUUGCUAUGAUAUUCAUAGUGAAUUUCUGUGGUUGCUCUUGCAUGUUUGUUCUAAGAGUUAGCUGUGUAUAUAAAGAUUUACAGUAUAAGGCAAUUGCUACUUUAAAGUUUAAAUGUUUUAUAACAGCUCCCAUAUAUUACUGUAUUUUUUAUUUCAGUGAAUCUUGUGGAGUGCAAACAUUUAACAAGUGCUGAUUUUCAUGUUUUGUUGGCUGGAAUGGUAAUGCUGUAAUAUAUUGCUACUCAGAAAUGAGAAUCUCUUUCUUGUGCUCUUUAGAAACCAAACAGAACACAAACAUCAGGUCACCUCUGUGGAUUUUUUUGACAGCAUCUGUCUGCCCCUACAGUUUCAUGUACAUGUCACAUUGUGAAUCCCUUUGCUGGUUAAUGUACACCGGAUGUGAAAGGAUGGUAUAAAAGAAAGUGGUAUGCUGUCUAUUAA